AUGAAGCUGACUUGGACAACGCUCCUAUUACUCCUGUCCACUGGGGUUAUUUCUCUCUCCAUUCCCCCGACGGAUUCUGUUCAACAUGAUGCCGAUACCGUCUCGGAGGGUCCUCUGGAGGUUGAUCUAGAGAAGCGCCGUGGAGGAGGAGGAGGAGGAGGAGCUCGCGGUGGAAGCAGUGGAGGUGGCGGGGGCGGCCGCUCAAGUUCGAGUGGAAGCCGGGGUAGUAGCAGUGGUCGCACCAGUUCCUCCAGCAACUCCGGCGGCACAAGUUCCCGUGGAUCGAGUGUCCAGCCAGCGUACGGCGGUGGCAGAUACUAUGCGGGUGGUGCGAGCGCCCCCUAUGCAGCUGGCCGGCGAUCGCCCUUGGGGGUCACCCCGUUCCUGUUGCCCGCGGCGGCGCUGGCCUUCUUCCCCGGUAUAUGGCUGUACGGUGCCUACGCCUACCCCUAUAGCCAUGGGUACCACUUCAGAAACGAUACCUCGCACAAAAAUGAGUCAGUCCCGAUCACCUGCGUGUGCCAGGAGUACUCGGAGUGUGGCUGCGACAACAACAACAACCAGACCUACUAUGAGUCUCUCUUCAACGGCACCGCGCCCAGGAACACCAGCAACAUCCACGUUGUCACGGAGAAUGGCACCAACAAGAUCUACAUCAAUGGAACGCUUCCAAACGGCACCACCGUCGCCGACUCCGACGCAUCGGUCUCGGGUGCGGCUCCGCUGGUGACCCUGCUGCAUGCCAGUGGGUAUUGGGUGACAGUCGCGCUGGUAGUCAUGGCCGUCCAAACGAUCUAA